CAAUGUCUCGCCAGAGCAUAGUUACGUGCUGGCAGGGGCAUACAUAUCAAAUGGGAAAAGCAUAAAUAAAGGAGAAAUACAAUCUAUGUAGAAUUAUGAAUGUGAGACUAGUAAUAUAAGGUGGUGCCAGCUAGCUUUUGAAGAAGUAUGAUAGAGACAUUGCUGGGUUUUCCAGAAACUCUGAAAAUGGUUGAGGAAUUGGUGCUGAUCAGGGAAUACAACAAAGAGAGAGAUGCUAAAAUGGUAGGGAAGCUGGAGAUGAGCUGCGAGAACAUUGGGUCAUCAACUGACAUUGAUAACGAAAGGGUCUCCAUAUUCGGCAGCAUAAUGGGCGACCCUUUGCGCAGAAUUAGGCUCUAUCCUGUUCAUGUUAUGCUGGUCGCUGAGCUGCAUGGCAAUGGUGAGCUUGUUGGCAUGGUGAGAUGCUGCAUCAAGUCUAUGAAGACUGGUUUGGAAGCGGCAAAUGUGAGAAUGGGCUGCAUCCUUGGCCUUCGAGUCUCUCCUAUACAUCGGAGAAUGGGGAUUGGAACAAAGCUGGUGAAGUCGGCCGAAGAAUGGCUGAUCGGAAAAGGCGCGGAGGACAUCCUGAUCGCCACCCUGAAGAACAACCUCGCCUCCACGAAUCUCUUCGCUUCCAAAUUUGGCUACGCUGACUUCGCCUCUUUAGUCAUCUUCGUGCAUCACAAGGAACAAAUCCCUCGUCUGCUCCUCGAUCCGUUUCCUGAAAUAAAGGUCGAGAAGCUGCAAAUUGAGCAGGCGAUUUCUCUGUACAAGAACAAACUCAGAUCAGGGAACCAGAAACACGUCAUAUACCCGGUCGACUUCGACGCCAUAUUGAAAGCAAACCUGAGCCUGGGGACAUGGAUUUCCUACUUCAACGGCCGCGGCGGUACCGAUACCACUCGACUCCGAUCGACGAUAGUCUUCAGCGUUUGGAAUUCCUGCGAGCCCAAUAAUACCAUCAGUCAUAAUCGUCGAGUCAAUAAGCGAUUCCAAUUGACUCUCAGUCGAGCGAGGGACAGAUUUCUGCCGUGCCUGAGAUUUCCGAUAAGCGACUCGCCACAGCCGCCGCCGCCGCCGGGCGGGUUUCUUUUCCUCUACGGUAUCUACGGAGAAGGAGAGAGGCAGCAGGAGCUAACGAGAUCCGUUUGGGGCUUCGUGAUGAAGCUGGGCGAGAAUAUGAGAGGCUGCAAGGCGAUCAUCACUGAGCUUGCUGUGUCUGACCCUUUGCUGGAGUUUGUGCCGAAAGAAUCCUGCUCGUCGUGCGUCGACGACGUCUGGUACUUGAAGAAAGUAGCCGAAGGGAGCGCCGCCGGCGGCGGCGGAGAAGAGGACCAGAAUGAAAGUUUGUCAGGGGAACGGAUAGGGAAUGUGUUCGUUGAUCCCAGGGACUUCUAAGCCUUUUAUGCUAAAUAAAAUUUUAGCUGAUCAGCAAAAAGUCAACGCUGUUAGUCAACCACAUUGGCUUGCUGCAACGGAUAGGGGAAAACCCAUGCACUUAUGCUUAACGCAUUAUGAUUAAUUGGCUGAAUCAAUUAAACGAUCCAUU